AUGUCUACAAUCGACCUCGACCCGACCCCCGCCAUGCCACGCGACGAACGCAAAGCCCUCAUCGACAUCCAACUCACCGGUCUUAAAACAUUCAUCAAGACCCCCAACUGCACAGACAGUAACCUCAGAUUAAUCAGCAUCGAGCUCGCUAUCUUAAUGGCCAAGAUCUCGAGUGACCGUCCUUCCCAGCCGUCCGCUGUAUCCAAGUCAUUUACCCCUUCUUCGGUGCGCUCGAGCAAUAAGGUGAUGAAGACUAGGCAAACCUCUCGGGAGAAGAGGCAUGAAUGGGAGAAGAAAUUACGCGACAAGGAAGGCAAGAUGGUUGUGGGUGGUGCGAAUGGUGGGGUGGCUUCUGGACGUGCUGUUGUAGGGAGGAGAGAGGGAAGGAGGAGAGCUAGGGCGCCGAGGUUGACGAGGGAUGAGGCUGAGGCUUUGGGACUGUUUAGUAAUUUGUCACUUCGGGUUAAGGAGAAGGAGAAUAUACCAGAGGGAGGAAUGGAGUCAAUGGAGAAGAAGGAUUGA